AUUCAAAGUGUGAGAGCGCUGAAACCUGAAAACUGGCCUGGGCAGGAAGGGGGGGAAAGUGUCCGGACUGGAAGGGGGGGAAAGUGUCCAGACUGGAAGGAGGGGAAAGUGUCCGGACUGGAAGGAGGGGAAAGUGUCCGGACUGGAAGGAGGGGAAAGUGUCCGGACUGGAAGGAGGGGAAAGUGUCCGGACUGGAAGGAGGGGAAAGUGUCCGGACUGGAAGGAGGGGAAAGUGUCCGGACUGGAAGGAGGGGAAAGUGUCCGGACUGGAA